AUGGCUGCCAAUAAUGAUCUCCGAGGAUGGCUGAUGAGCGGGGUUUCUGGCAUAGCCUGCGUUCUUGGUUCGUCCCUCAUCUGCAUCGAUGUUCUGCUGCGGCGAUUCUCUCGCCGCAAGAACUUCCAAAUUGUCAACAGCAGUGGCUUCUUAUCAGCCUCUCUAUGCCUGAGUGCCGGUGUUAUGCUCUUCACCUCCCUCUAUAGCAUGCUCCCCACCUCGAAGGAAUACCUCACUCGAGCUGGAUUCUCAACCCGCGUGGCGGCCUACACUCUAAUCGGACUCUUCGUGGCUGGCGUGAUUGUCAUUCGACUUGUUUCUGCGUUCAUCCACCAGCAUAUUCCUUCUCAUGUCGUCGAUUGCGCCCAUACUCACCAGCCAAACCAAGAUCCCGAACGCGGCGAUGUGGGACGGCAAGAGCAGCCGGCGUCCGCUCUGCGCCAGGCAAAUGGCUAUACUGAACGGACGCCUCUCCUGUUACAGACAAAGAUGCCUUCUCGCAAGUCCAUGCCGGGUGCCGUUGAGCGACCGACGCUCGAACCUCUGCGCUCCCGUUUGACUCGCCGCAUCAACCAGCUCAUGGGCGGCGUCAAACCCCUCUGUGACGAAAACGGCCCGUGCUAUGGUUUCUCGCAGACUUGCGGGCUUGAAUGUACCAAGAUCCUCACUACUACGCAGAUGACUAGCGUCGUCGAGGAGAUUCCUCGGCCUCCCUUAACCACGCAUCAUAGCAUUGGUGUCCAGCUGGACUCGGAAGGCGCAGGACCGGAAGUAGGUGCUGGCCCAGGGUUGCUCGCCCAGUCGCAUGAUUCGGUGGAAAACUUCUCGGGACCAUUUGAAGCAGGUAACUCCCAGGAAAAUGAAAGCAGCGCAUCCUCCUUGCGGGCAGAUGUUCAAGCCUAUCCCCAAAAAUCCCCAGAGGACCAAGACGAUUUGACCAAAGCUCCACGGACCGCAUCGUCGCAACACCACCACCACGUACCCCAGAAUGCCUUCCUAUCUAUCGGACUCCAGACGUCGUUGGCUAUUGCCCUCCACAAGCUCCCAGAGGGCUUCAUCACAUACGCUACUAAUCACGCCAGCCCCACGCUCGGCAUGACCGUCUUUGUUGCCCUCUUCAUUCACAACAUCAGCGAAGGCUUCGCCAUGGCCCUGCCGCUCUACCUCGCGCUCAAUUCCCGCUGGAAAGCCAUGUUCUGGUCCAGCUUACUUGGAGGAAUCAGCCAACCCGCCGGCGCCGGCAUCGCCGCUCUUUGGAUCUGGGGCGCGCAGAAAGCCGGCCACAACGACGAGACGACCGGCCCCUCCUGGGGUGUAUAUGGGGGCAUGUUCGCUGCCACCGCCGGCAUCAUGACCUCGGUUGGCCUGCAGCUUUUCAGCGAAGGGCUUGGACUGACGCACAAUCGUGGGGUUGGGGUCGGAUUCGCGAUCGCUGGGAUGGGGAUAAUGGGGCUGAGUUUUGCGCUGACUGCGUGA